GAUGCACAAACUUCCUAAUGCACCCUCAUUUCCAACUGGAGAUCCUUUCACUGGAAUGUUCUUUGAAAUGCUGGCUGGGUGUCAUAUACGUGUACACUAACAGUUGACACUGCUGAUCAGAGAAAAUUUCCUCAGAAGGAAGUUGAAGCUGUAUGGUCAGUGCAGUUUUAACCUUUAUCACCAGAACUUGGACUGAAGAACUGGAGGUUACAUGAGAUGCACAAUUUUGUCCUCUUGGGUGAGAGCUUUUCUAUUUCUACCUUUUAAUUAAUGACAGAAGCUAUGUUGGUUCGUUAGGCACUAUAGAUCAUCUGGCAAUAAAGGCCCAUAUAAAUUUAUGGGUGAGGACUAAAAAUCUGAUGGAGUCGUUUUGAUGUCCUCAUACUUCUAAGCAGGUCUCAAAAAUGUGCACAACAGGAUAUUGCCUUAGAUGGGCCGUGGACAUCUAAGAGUGGGCAGGUUAUGUUCCUCUUGACUUUUUGCUCACUAAAUACAAAUAAAAAACUUUUGUAUAUUUGCUUUUGUAUUUUUUGAAGUGUGCUACACCAAUAUGGCACUGACUGAAAAUUGCAGGACUUAUCAAUCACCCAAGGACACUGGAUGUGCUCAGAGUUGCUCUUCGGAUGUAGUUGAGCUCAAUGUGGGUGGACAGGUGUACUACACCCGCUAUGCCACCCUCACUAGUGUGCCAAACUCACUGCUGGGGAAAUUAUUCUCCACUAAAAAGGACAUCUCCAACGACCUGUCCCAGGACAUCAAGGGUCGCUACUUUAUCGACAGGGACGGAUUUCUAUUUCGAUACGUGUUGGACUAUCUCCGAGACAAGAACGUCGUCCUGCCGGACUAUUUUCCAGAGAAAGGGAGACUGAAAAGGGAGGCUGAGUUCUUCCAGCUGCCCGAACUCGUCAAAAUCCUCACACCAGAUGAUUAUAUUCAUAGUGAUUUUGACGACGCGUCCCAGGGAAGCGACCAGAGAUUGUUCCCUUCGUCUUACCUGGACGCGCGCGACAGGCGCUAUGGCUUCCUCACGGUGGGAUACAAGAGCUCGUGCGCCGUCGGGAGGGACAUCGAUGCCAAAACUAGAGGAAUAGCCAAAAUCUUCAUUUGCGGAAGGGUCGGUCUGGCUAAAGAAGUUUUCGGAGACGCUUUAAAUGAGAACAAGGACUCCGACCGGCCACCUGAACGAUACACAUCUCAGUUUUACUUAAAGUUUCGCCACCUGGAGCGCGCGUUUGAUAUGCUCGCGGAGAGUGGAUUCCGCGUUGUCGCGUGCAAUUCAUCAAUCACAACACCUCGUCACAACAGACCAACAGAUGACAGAUUCUUGUCCAGUAAUACAGAAUAUGUCUUUUACCGUGGCCCAUCUGGAUGGUCUUCACCUCACUGCGACUGCUGCUGUAAGAGUCACAAGAGCGAGCGUGAAGGUGAAAGCGGCACUUCCUUCAAUGAGCUCUCCACUUCCUGUUCCGAGACCCAAUCAGAAGCCAGCUCUCCCCAGGAAACCGUCAUUGUGCGUCCUGUCACCCGCCAACCCAAUAUCCAGACCUUGGACCGGCCAGUCAAAAAGGGUCCGACCCCAAUUCCCAGGAGAACUGAUCUGCUUCGCGUCCGGACCACUGGGCCACGUGAUAUCAUGGCAGGAAAAAGAAAACCAGCCAAGGAGAAGCUGACCCCAGAGCAGGAGCUAGAGAAAUGCAUCCAGGACUUCCAACGCAUUAAAAUUCCUGAACGCUUUCCGGAGAGAAAGUACAUGUGGCAGUCAGAGCUCUUAAAAAAAUACAAGCUCUGAAAUGAUUUCCUGCGGACUCACUGAGCCUAUUAGUUCAACACAAUGAAGCUCUCAGUGUAUAAGAUGACAUCAUAAUUCUUCUUUUGCUUCGAUUUAAUUGGCUCGUCUGUGCAAUCAUCCAGUGAGAUGCACAAAUAACAAUUCAAUGUACCUCAAGUGACUCCUAAAAGGACCAGUCCUGUUUUGCCACAAAGCACGAUGACAUUUAACUCCAAUUUCACAAAACCUAGACAAAGCAGACCUCUCAAAUGAAAAUAGAUUGCGUAUAUACUAUACAAAAUAAUCACUCAUAUUGCCUGUUAAUGUUCAAAGUUGGCACAAGGAUAGCACUUUUGUACAGUAUUCCAGCGAAGAAUUCAACACUAUGAGUACUGUAGGACUCGCGUGUGAAUGUGUUUUACAUUAUCUGGUAUUGUGUUCAAUCAAUGGAUAGCAGCCUACUACCACAAAUCUAUCCUUUAUUUAAAGAGUUUAAAACAGCCCAAAUGUUUCCUGCAGUAGACAGAUGACAAUGCAUGUUAUUUCACUCAUAUAGAAUAAUCACUCAUAUCAAUUAGCUCCAUGUAAUUUGUGGUGUGAUCUACCUUGUUCACCAAACAUCAAACAUCACCCAGCUGAAAUGCAUCAGAGAAGAUCGGAUUGAAAUAUUAGGUCGUUUCUGUUUAGCAUUGUGAACAUUUUUGCAGAGAAUGUUAUUUGCUUUUGCCUGUGAGUAUAUGAGGAUGUUUUUUGUUCUGAAUGUGCAAUGAAUCAUUAAAUGAACUGGCUUUAAAGUACAA